GAUGGGUCCCCAGAGUACCUAGAAGCAGAGGAAGGAGCCGCUCCAGGCAUGGAGCUCUUCCAAGUGCGCAGACGUUUAAGUCGGACCCUACAACUGCCCCCAUUGGUCUUCCGGCAAGCUGAGCAACAUGACUGGAACAGCAAAGAGACUGAGUCGAUUUCCCGUCCCACCACCCUGGCACUGCACCCCCCACCACUCAUUGCCAUCACAUCUGCUGACGCCGGCAGGAAUGGCUCAGCCGGGAGGCAGCCAAGACACAUUGGCGGUCCCGCCGAAACAGCUCCACCACGGGGACCAUGUGGGUUUGAACGAGGACCUGGUGCGCAUCCUGAGAGAGAACCUGCUGCAGCAGGAGCGUCCCCGCCGGCCCAGGGGCCGGAGAUCCCCGUCCUCAAUGUCCCCCAGGUUGUCUCCGACCACCCUGUCCCCACGCAACUCUCCCAGGCUGCUCCGUCGCAUGCUGCUUAAUAACAACAUCCACAAGCAACGACGCUUUACAGUGGCGCAUACCUGCUUUGACGUGGAUAAUGGCACGUCGUCAGGACGGAGUCCCCUGGAUCCCAUGACGAGUCCGGGUUCGGGCCUGAUCCUUCAGGCUAACUUUGUGCACAGCCAGCGGAGGGAAUCCUUCCUCUACCGCUCCGACAGCGACUAUGACCUGUCGCCGAAGUCGAUGUCCCGAAACUCCUCCAUCGCCAGUGACAUGAAUAACCACCUGCCGAGGCCGGGCCUGGUCUCUCGGAGAUCUGAGCCGGUUAUUAGUGGAAAUCAUGGAGAUGACCUCAUCGUCACGCCGUUUGCACAGGUGCUGGCUAGUUUGAGGACGGUACGGAAUAACUUUGCAACGUUAACCAACCUCCAGCAAGAUCGUACGUCCAACAAGCGAUCCCCCAUGUGUAAUCAGCCUCCUCUCACAAAGGCCUCCUUCACAGAGGAGGCCUACCAGAAACUGGCCACCGAGACCCUGGAGGAGCUGGACUGGUGCCUGGACCAGCUGGAGACCCUGCAGACCCGACACUCUGUCAGCGAGAUGGCCUCCAACAAGUUCAAGCGGAUGUUGAACAGGGAGUUAACGCACCUGUCUGAGAUGAGCAGAUCUGGUAACCAGGUCUCAGAGUACAUCUCCAACACAUUUUUAGACAAACAGCACGAUGUGGAAAUGCCCUCCCCACAGACGCAGAAGGAGAAAGAGAAGAAGAAAAAGCCCAUGUGUCAGAUCAGUGGGGUGAAAAAACUCAUGCACAGCACCAGCCUCACCAAUUCCAACAUCCCUCGCUUCGGGGUCAAGACGGAUACGGAGGACUCCUUAGCCAAGGAACUGGAGGACAUAAACAAAUGGGGCCUUAAUGUUUUUAAAGUCACAGAGUUUUCAGGCAACAGGCCUUUAACGGUGAUGAUGCACACUAUAUUUCAGGAAAGGGAUUUACUCAAAACAUUUAAAAUUCCCCUGGACACUUUCAUAACAUACCUGAUGACCUUAGAAGACCAUUAUCAUGCUGAUGUUGCGUAUCACAGUAACAUUCACGCUGCUGACGUCACCCAGUCCACACACGUGCUGCUCUCCACGCCUGCUCUGGAGGCGGUUUUCACAGACCUUGAAAUCCUCGCUGCCAUUUUCGCCAGUGCUAUUCACGACGUAGACCACCCGGGUGUCUCCAACCAGUUCCUUAUUAACACCAACUCGGAGUUAGCACUCAUGUACAAUGACUCGUCGGUGCUGGAAAACCAUCAUCUGGCGGUGGGCUUCAAACUCCUGCAGGAGGAGAACUGUGACAUCUUCCAGAACCUGACCAAAAAACAGAGACAAUCGCUGCGCAAGAUGGUCAUCGACAUCGUCUUGGCGACUGAUAUGUCCAAACACAUGAACCUGCUGGCCGAUCUGAAGACCAUGGUCGAGACCAAGAAGGUCACCAGUUCUGGAGUCUUGCUCUUGGAUCUAUCAAAUGAUGUUCCUCAGGUGCUUCAGAACAUGGUGCACUGUGCGGACCUCAGUAACCCCACCAAACCCCUGCAGCUGUACAAACAGUGGACGGACCGCAUCAUGGAGGAGUUCUUCAGUCAGGGCGACCGAGAGAGAGAGCGAGGGAUGGAGAUCAGCCCCAUGUGUGACAAACACAACGCCUCUGUAGAGAAGUCUCAGGUGGGCUUCAUUGAUUACAUCGUGCACCCGCUGUGGGAGACGUGGGCCGACCUCGUACACCCGGACGCCCAGGACAUCCUGGACACGUUAGAGGACAACAGAGAGUGGUACCAGAGCACCAUCCCACAGAGCCCAUCGCCCGCCCCCGAGGAGGGCAGCCGCUCCGCUGGAGCAGAUAAGUUCCAGUUUGAACUGACGCUGGAGGAGGAUGGAGAAUCAGACACGGAGAAAGACAGCGGCAGCCAGGCCGAGGAGGAGGAGGAGGAGGAGGAGGAGGAUGAAGAAGAGGAGGACGACAACAGCUGUAGUGAUUCUAAAACUCUCAUCACACAGGACUCGGAAUCCACGGAGAUUCCAGAAGCGGAGGAGGGAAUUUCAGAGGAGGUUUCCACAGAACCCAGCAUGGUGGAGGAGGAGGAGGAAGAAGAGGAGGACGAUGAAGAAGACGAGGAGGAGCAGCCGGCAGACACGUAGCAGCAUGUUUGGAUGGGCCGGACUAGCUGCCGCGAAAAAACGCAAAUAUUUAAUAACAGACAAUAAAAUUGAGUUCCAAAGCGCACGUUGCACUCCGAGCCCUCGGCCGCUCCUCUCUCGCUCUCUUUUCCGAGCUGCCUGGAGACGAGAGGACACUAAGACUUUGGUAGGUUGUCGUUUUAUUUGCACUCAGGAAUAAUAUUUAGUCCUCUGUUUUUUCAAGCUUGGUUUUGUUUACCUUCGCCCGUCCUGGACGGCCUCCUCCUCCUCCUCCUCCUCCUCCUCCGUGAUCCUCUGUGGACAGUGACAGUGAGGAAAUUUCCCGCACAAAGCAAUCAGAGGAGACGCCAGCGGGGAUCGACGCAGGAACGCAUUUCCUUGGAUUUCAAAGAGACCUUAUUUUCUACGUUUUAAGUCUUCCUAAACUUUUGACUGAGAAAAAUUUCACAAAAGAC